CACGGGCAGAAGCAAGUUACCAGAACCUUUGCGAGACAGCAGCGAAAAAAAGACUAAUGACCCAGCACGAGGAGCCAGUCAAUCCACUAACAUGGACAAGUACGAAAAGGUGAAGAAAAUUGGCGAAGGUUCAUUCGGAAAGGCCAUCCUCGUCAAAUCCAAGCAGGAUGGACACCAGUAUGUCAUCAAGGAGAUCGGCAUCUCAGCGAUGUCAAGUAAAGAGAGGCAGGAGUCCCGGAAAGAGGUCGCCGUCCUCGCCAACAUGAGUCAUCCCAACAUUGUCCAGUAUAAAGAGAGUUUUGAAGAGGGGGGCUGCCUGUAUAUCGUGAUGGAUUACUGUGAGGGUGGAGACCUCUUCAAGAAGAUCAACACUCAGAAAGGGGUUCUGUUCUCAGAAGAGCAGAUCUUGGAUUGGUUUGUGCAGAUUUGCCUGGCGCUGAAGCACGUGCAUGAUCGAAAAAUCCUCCACAGGGACAUCAAAUCCCAGAACAUAUUUCUGACAAAAGACGGGACGGUGCAGCUCGGAGACUUUGGCAUCGCGAGGGUGCUGAACAGCACCGUGGAACUGGCGAGAACGUGCAUCGGCACGCCGUACUACCUGUCGCCUGAGAUCUGCGAAAACAAACCGUACAACAACAAAAGUGAUAUUUGGGCCCUCGGGUGUGUCCUGUAUGAAAUGUGCACUCUUAAGCAUGCUUUCGAGGCUGGCAACAUGAAGAACCUGGUCCUGAAGAUCAUCCGCGGCUCGUACCCCCCCGUGUCCGUCCACUACUCCCAGGAGCUGCGCGCCCUGUUGGCGGCGCUGUUCAAACGAAACCCCCGGGAGCGGCCGUCCGUCAGCGGCGUCCUGGACAAACCCUUCCUGACCUGCAGGAUACAAAGGUUCCUCACGCCUCAGGUCAUGGCUCAGGAAUUCCGCCAUAACUUUCUUCACAAGCAGCCUAAAGUGGGUUUGGUGCAGGGACCAGCAGCCAAGCGUCCCGCCCCCGCCUCCACGCCACUCAAUCCAUCCCAGAAGAUCACCAAGCCAGCCAGCAAAUACGGAGUGCCUUUAACCGCGAGGAAGGUGCCGGAUGCAGCCCGGAGGCCGGCUGUGAAGCAUAAAGCGGCUCCUCACCCUGCAGCCCCCCAGAGAAGAGGGAGUCAAGUGGAGGAAGAGAGGAAAAAACGUGAGGACGUCCUCAGAAUGAAAAGGAUGGAGCUGAUAGAGAAGGAAAGGAAGCGGAGAGAGCAGGUGUUCCUGUUGAAAGCGGAGCAAAUGAAGAGAUACGAGAAGGAAAAGAUCAAUCGAAUCAACCAGGCCAGAGAGCAGGGCUGGAAGCACCUGCUGAGUUCUAGUGGAGGAAGCAGCCCGGAGAGGAAGUGUUUUGCAGGUGGAGGAAAGGUGUUUGUCCCGAGCUCCGUCCAGGGUCCAAGCAAAACCCCGUACGAGCACUACCACGCUGCUCUGGACCAGAUGGCUAAACCCCAGGUUAAGGUCCUCAGCAGGGAGGGGCCCUCAGCCGGACCGGGCAGCCCCACCCGCGUCCCGCUCGCCGCCGGUCCGGUGCUGCCCAGCGCCCCCCCCCGGCUCCUCAACUGCGACGCCGUCAAGAGGGAGCUGCAGAGGCUGCAGCACGUUUCCAAACCAGCGCAUCUCUGUCGGCCGCGGGGUCACGCAGCUGCUGGACGGGCCUAUCAGGUGGAGGAGUUUUUACAGCGGAAAAGAGAAGCCAUUCUCAACAAGGUCCGUGCCGAGGGACAGCUGGGCACUCGGCACAGCCUGGCAGCCGGUUACGGAGGCCGGGCCGGCUCGAUGCGGUGCAGGAGACCCAGAGGCAACAACGAGGAGGAGGAGUAUUUGUCGAGACUGAGGCAGAUCCGACUGCAGAACUUCAACGAGCGUCAGCAGAUCAAAGCCCGGCUCAGAGGAGAGAAGUACGACAGCGACGGUUCCGACAGCCAGGAGUCCAGCGAGGAAGCGGAGCAAAGGAGGAGGAAGAUCGAGGCGUUGAAGGCCCAAGCCAACGCCCGCGCUGCCGUACUGAAAGAGCAACUGGAGAAGAAGCGGAAGGAGGCCCUGGAGAGGGAGAAGAGAGCUUGGGAGGACCAUCUCGUCGCUCGGGGGAUGAAGGUCGGCGUCGCGGCGGCGGCGUCUUCAUCAUCUACCUCUGACGGUCCUCUCCCACAGCCCAGUCCCUCUCAGCCAGAACCGGCUGCCAAAGCGCCGGCCCGGCCUGCAGCCAUUUCCAUGACGGCCGCCCUGAAGAACGUCGGAGCGAUUACGCCUCUGAAAGAAAAGUCGUCUGAGCCGGAGAAAGCCACCGUCAUCCAGAGUGAGAAAAAGCAGAUUCUGCGGCGACUCAACCAGAACCUUAAAGCCCAGGGGGAGGAGGGGGAGGAGUCUGUUCAGAGCCCCGCCCCCCAACAGAACCAGCCUGACGCAGAGACACGCCCCCCUUCGAAUGGAGACCGGAAGAAGUGGGAAGCAGCAGAACUUCCUGUGCUUCCUGCGGCUCAGCUCACCUUAGAGGAAACCUCCACUUCGACGUCUCCAGAUGACCGGCCCUGUUCUGCAGGAGACAGGAGGAAGUGGGAAGCAGGGAUUCCCCUCGUCCUCUCUGUGGCCCAGCAAACUCUGGAGGAGACGUGCAUCAGGACCAUCGAGCAAACGGCGGGGGAAGUCCUACAGAUGGCUGCGCUGCAGGAGGAGGCUCCUCGCAAGGUGUGGGGAGCGAAUCCCGACUCUCAGGUGCUGCGAGUUCUUCGGGAGGCGGAGCUUCAGCCUCUCACGCAGCAGCUGGAGGGCGUCACCGCCGGCGAGAUCUGCAGCCCCGAUAAACCCGACCAGAGAGUCUCCUUGGUACCGAGCCCAGAGGUUCAGAAGGAGAGCGCCGCCCCCUCCGAGACGACACCGAUGACAAACCUCAGCGAGGUUCAGGAUCCAGCAGACGUGGACUCAGUGGUUCUGGAGGAGACUCCUAAACCAGCCUCGCGUCCUCCAGCCGGCGUGCAGCAGGCCUGGGGGCCGGAAGUCCAACAGCCCGUGCCACCAGGGGGCGUAGCGGCACCGGCCGGAGACGCCGAGAGGACUGCAGAGAAACCAUCCGACUCUUCUGCCUCUGCUCCCAGCGAGGCGCCCCUGUUCAUCAAGCUGUGCUCCCCGGCCCACCGCCGCGCCGCCGCGCUGGCUCUCCUCUCGGCCCAGUCGUCCGUGGACGAGUCGUCCUCGUCCCUGGCCUCGCGCUCGCGCUCCGUCUCGCCGCUGCGCUCCAAGCAGCACGACGCCCUCCUCGUCGGCCUCUCCACCGGCAUGUUCGACGCCAACAACCCCAAGAUGCUGCGGACCUGCUCGCUGCCCGACCUCAGCCGGCUCUUCGGCGCGCAGCAGGCAGCGGUUGUCGGUGGCGACGCUCGCGCCGUCCCGGACAACCACCUGGAGGUCGAGGACCUGGAGGUCGAGGACCCGGAUGACGCGGCCAAAGACGACGAUCAGUCGGAGACCGAAGAUGCAUUUGAGGAUGAAGACCUGCAGGACAUCCGGGCCUCCAUGGAGAGGCUGCUGCAGGAGGAGGGGGACUUGAUGAGGAGGAGCUCUCAGGGGGGCUCAGCAGGAGACUUCAAUGGGAACCGCCAGGAGGAGGAGGAGGAGGAGGAGGAUGAAGAAGAAGAAGAAGAACGGGUACUCUUCAACAGGAUUGCUGCUGAGCUCGACCAGGACCACAGUCAGAUGGCUGUGGACGACGACUAUGAGGAGGAAGAAGAAGAAGAAGAGGAGGACGAGGAGGAAGAUGACGAGGAGGAAGAGGAAUGCUCUAAUGGCAGUCCCGGUGACGAGGAAGCAGGCGAGCUGCUGAACAACGCUGUGGGGGGGGACCACAGUAACCACAGCCAGCUCAAUGAGGAGUGGCAGUCGGACGGCAGCGAAGAGGAGCAGCCGGGGGGGGGGGGCGCCCACCACGACAGCAUCUUCAGCCGCCUGGAAGAACUUCGCUUCGAUCUGGAGCAGCAGAUGGGCUUUGAGAGGUUCAUCGAGGCCUACAACAAGAUAAAGGCUUCACAUGAGGACGAAGACGAGAGCAUCGACCUGGGCUCCGGUCUGGUGCUGAACAUUCUGGGAACCGAGCACCAGCACCUUUACCCCAACAUCCUCCACCUGGUGAUGGCGGACGGCGCGUACCAAGAAGAUAACGAUGAGUGAUGGUGACAAUCCGCUGGCUAUCUGACGUCUUCCCGGGAGGCAGAAGGAGAUCUAUGCAUGAAGCGUCUCAGUGUUUCAGGCACACUUGCAUGAUGGGUAACUAAGUGCACUCCAGGAUGUGGUUUCGUAUCGCCGUUAUAGAAACACACGUUCUUAUUAACCAAAGCUAACUUGAA